AUGAGCAGUCCACUCCAGCAGCAAUUGCGCAUAGGGGUAUGCGGGCUCGGAGCCAUGGGAAGAGGCAUGGUCAAGAAUCUCCUUACCGCUGGCUUCGAAGUACAUGGAUAUGAUAUCGUGCCAUCGCUAGUGGAAAGGUUCACCCAGGAUGGUGGCAAGGCUGCGACAAGCCCCAAAGAAGUUGCCAGCCGGGUUGAUAUCCUGCUUAUCAUCGUUGUCAACUCCACUCAGGUGUCCUCCGUGCUUUUCGAUGCGGAAACAGGCGCUGUGCUUGGCCUCCCCCGGAAUAAAGCUAUCAUCGUGUCUUCAACGGUUCCGGGAGCUUACAUUCGCGAGGUUCGGCAGCGUCUGGAUGUUGACCAUGAUCGACCUGACAUUCACCUCCUAGACUGUCCGGUAUCUGGCGGAGCUUCUGGAGCUGCGGACGGCACGCUCACCGUCUUCGCGUGUGGUAGUGAUGAGGGAAUGAUUUUGGUGGAACCUGUGCUUUAUGCUAUCGGGAAGGAUAUCCACAGAAUUCGGAACAGUUCCGGCGCAAACGGCGAGACAGGAUCUGGAGCUAAUGGCAAAGUCUGUCACCAGGUCCUUCCUGAGAUCGAAAUAGCUUUGGUCGCUGAGGUAAUGGCUCUGGCUGCUAGAGCUGGUCUCAACACGCAAGAAGUCUACGAUCAUCUCCAAGCCGGAGUGGCUGCAAGCUGGAUCAUGGGCAAUCGCAUACCACAUGCACUGGAAAAUGACGACACUGUCCGUUCCGCGAUGACAAACAGCCAGAAAGAUUCUGCCAUUAUUGUGCGCACAGCAGGCGAGCUCUCUUACCCGGUUCCACUGGUCGCUGCAGCAGAGCAGAUAUACCAGACUACUGUGCACAUCGGAUGGCCAGGGAUGGAUGACUCGGCAUUAUGGCGACUUUACCUUCGCGACUUUCCUGACGACACUGUAUAUCAGCUUACCAAGUCAGCAUCCAUUCGCCCAGAUUCUGUGAUGAGUCUGCAAGAUCUCGAAGACAUCAUGAUCGGAGUCCACCUUGCUGCUGCCGCGGAAUCACAAGGAUUCACUCGGGCCAUCGGUCUAGAUGCAGAACAGAUGUAUGGUAUCAUCUGCGGCGCAGCUGGGUGGAAUGUCCAGUUUGAGAACUAUGCUCGGAGGAUGAAGAAAGGCCCUUGGUAUCUCCAGGAGAUCGAUGGUGCGAGGCACAUUGGGAUUAGGCUUGUAAGUCGUCUCAUUGCAGACAACAGUCCGUGGAGCUGA